ACAGUACUAGAUUUCAUCUCAAUUUUCUCACUCUACUGAAAUCUUGGAACCUCGCCGCUCUGUUCCACCACGAAACAUUAGCAUGGCGUUCUUGUUCAAGAGGCUGGCGAAGGCGGCGCCGAUCGCAUUUUCUCAGGCUUCUCGAUGCGAAUCCAACAAGUCAAGCUUCGCCGGAUUUCGCUUCCCCUUAGGUGCUAUUGCGGCGGUAGCCGGUGGAGCCUCCUACUUUUACCUCUUCUCUUCGCCCAAUUUGGCAUAUAUGGACCAGAUUAAUGAAGAUACAACCCAAAAAACAGCUCUUAAUCCUAACCAGUGGAUUGAAUUUAAGCUGGAAGACAGGGCACUGGUGAGCCAUAAUACUCAUCUGUUCAGGUUUUCAUUUGAUCCUAGUGAAAAGCUGGGUCUGGAUAUUGCAUCAUGCAUCAUUACAAGAGCACCAAUUGGACAACAAGAUGCUGAAGGAAAACCAAAAUACGUCAUCCGCCCUUAUACUCCUGUAUCAGAUCCUGAUGCUAAGGGCUACUUUGACCUCUUAAUCAAGGUUUACCCAGAAGGUAAGAUGAGCCAGCACUUUGCGAGCUUGAAACCAGGAGACAAAGUAGAAGUCAAAGGGCCCGUUGAGAAGCUCCGAUAUAGCCCAAAUAUGAAGAAACAAAUUGGCAUGAUUGCAGGGGGCAGUGGCAUUACACCAAUGCUCCAGGUCAUUGAGGCCAUUCUAAAGAAUCCCGAUGACAAUACUCAGAUCUCAUUGUUGUAUGCUAAUGUGUCCCCUGAUGACAUACUCCUGAAAGAGAAGCUUGAUGUCCUUGCAGCUACACAUCCAAAUCUUAAGGUAUUCUACACUGUAGAUGAUCCAACAAAGGAUUGGAGAGGAGGCUUGGGUUAUAUAUCACAGGACAUGGUUGUGAAAGGCUUGCCUCCCCCUAGUGAUGAUACACUGAUCCUCGUAUGCGGGCCUCCUGGGAUGAUGAAACACAUAUCGGGAGAUAAAGAAAACAGAGAACAAGGAGAGUUGAGUGGCAUACUCAAAGAAGUCGGAUACACCGAACACAUGGUUUACAAGUUCUGAGAAUCACAGUCGAAACAUGGUUUACGAUCUCUCCCCUUUCAUUCUCUAGGUUUUCAAAAUAAGUACAGAGUAAAUUUUGCGCAAAUUCCCGCAGCUAGGAAUUCAGGAGCCAGAGCUUGAAUUUUGAAGUUUUCGUCAAUUGACGCCUCGCCUGGGUGUGCACCAUUGACGUUAUAAACCAUUUUAUGUCGUCAUUAUGAUUUGAUAUUUAUACACUGUUUUUGAAGUACCG